AAGCAAGUUCAAGGUAUGUUCCCGCGGCGUUGACUCAGCUGUAGUGUGGGCCGCUGAAAAUUCUAUUUAAAUCUGUCUGCCGAACCGUGGCCAUCAGCUUCUGAACGCCAGAGCAGUGCGCGACUGCAACGAAAAUACAACCGCUAAGAUGUCGAUAGUACCCAUGAUGUUCCGCGACUGGUGGGACGACUGGGACCGCCCCUCGCGUCUCCUGGACCAGCACUUUGGCAUGGGGCUGCGCAGGGACGACCUCCUCAACUACAUCUCCACCAUGCCCACCAGCUCCUUGAGGAACUCCUACUUCAGGCCCUGGAGGACCAGUCUGGCGAGGCAGGAGUCUGCGUCUACGAUUAACUUGACCAAGGAUAAGUUUGAAGUCAUCCUUGACGUGCAACAGUUCGCACCCGAAGAACUAGUGGUCAAAGCUGCCAACAACUCCAUCUUAGUCGAGGGCAAGCACGAAGAGAAGCAAGACGAACACGGCUAUAUUUCCCGCCAAUUCACACGUCGCUACGUCCUGCCUUCGGGAUACGAGGUCAAUGACCUCGUCAGCACCCUAUCCUCAGACGGAGUCCUCACAAUCACAGCUCCAAAACGACCACCACCCGUUGCAGGAGAACGCAUUGUCCCCAUCACUAAAACUGGACCAGCCAAACAGCCAGAACCACCAAAAUCCUUUGAACAACCUAGAGAACAGACAGUGCCCAUUGUAACCUCCCCUUAAGGACUAUCGACAAACGAUCGAAGCAUAAAUAGCAUUUAUUUUUAAGCCGUUGUUGGCCAAUAACGAGACACGAUUCGAAUGAACGAAUUAGGUUUUCAGAGGAAUGCAACUGUAACAUCGUUCUAUAAUUAAAAUAAAAUUAAGUUAUUUUUCUA